UGCGAUCCGUCAACCAAAUCCCGAAGAAGAUGACGAAGAAGAAGAAGAAGCAGCUGUUUAUCUUCAGUCAGCACCGUUCAUAUGUACCUCAAUAGUCAGCUCAGGAUUUAAGUGGUUUUCAGCAUGAAAUGGCAAUGAGUCGGUUUCCCUUCUGCGUAAUAGCCUGGAAACGCUAAAGAUUCGGUGUUGCACGUCUGGACCAAAGCCUUAGGUUGUUUUCGUCGCUGUUCUGGUGCAGAAGGAUAUGGUUUUCUCAUCGUCCCAGCAAGUUGUGGUCGCAUUUACGGCGGUGUUGUUUGCGUUUGUCGUGUUCCCUAGAAUGUUCGGCGUAGGGUCCGGAGCGAAGGAAACAAGAGGUUUUGAUGCACGCUACAACAGAAAAGCGGGUCCGGGACCAGGACCAGGUGCAGUGAGAGGGCAGCCGGUCAACAAGAACACGGCUGGCUCCAUGAACAAAGCUCAGACCCUUGAGAACAUGCAGCAGAUGAAGGUGCUGAUGGAGCAGGAGAUGAAGGGUGACAAAUACAAAACCAACAGCAACAAGGGCUACGUGUUCACGCUGAUGCCGCUCUACGCCGUCGGAGUCGGCCUCUUUGCAGCGUACAAAUUUCUGAAGAUCAAGUCUGCAGAUGACUCCCAAGCCCAAAAGAACAAGGAUGCCAAAGGUCCCAAGAAGUCGGAGGAGACAGAGAAUCAGCUUACAGAGCUGGAGCAGCGGCUUGCGCAAACAGAGAAGAUGCUCAACUCCAUUCUCACCCAACUGGACCCAUUGACAAGUUGUGUCAAGUCUGUGGCCCAGGAACAGAAGAACGAGAUCAUGUCCCAGCUCCAGUCCAUCCGCCACCUGAUGAAGAAGAGAGGCAUGGACUGUCCACCCCUUAACAUUGAAGAGCCGCAGUGCGAGAGGAACCUGGAUGACCUCAUCGAGUCUCUGGCAGCCCACGGCGACACCUCGCCAGAGGUGGUCGCUCCUGCGGAAGACGAUCAAAGUGGUGUCGUGAAAGAGGAGGAGCCAGUCCACCUCCAGCAGCACUGCCCUGAAUCCAAGGAUGAGUACUCGGCAACCGACGCUGAGGAGGAGGACAUGCCCUCCUUGGAUGAUUCUUGUGAGACCAACAUUGAGGACAUAGGCCUAGCCCAGAGCAUUCCAGAAGAAAUGCCUUCAACUGGGCUCAGACGACGCAACAGGCUGGAAUGAACAGAAAGAAGGGCUUGUUUUAAACUGUACAUGAAUAAAGCCAUACAUGUAUUUUCUCAUUCUUAAUGGCACUACUGCAGUCUGUUCAAUAAUGCUCUUGCUUUUGGCUCGCAGUUGAAUAAGAAAGGGCAGCUAUCAAUGUGAAAGGAUUUUGUCCAAGGUUGUGUGUGAAGGAGAUUUUUCUGUGCCAUCCCUUAAAGCAUAGCAGAUCCCUGGCUAGGCCUAUGUGUAGGGCUAGUGCUUACUCCUGACAAAUAAAAUCCCCAGAAGCCUAACUCCAUAUAACCUUUGACUUAGGUCUGGAGGUUUUCCUUGUCACCUGAGUUUUCCAUCCUUGAACCAAACGUUAGUUAGUAUGUAAGGCACCUGUAAAUGUGUUUUCAUCACGUGACUGCUGCUUGGAAACCCUGUACAUCUCAUUAUAUGCUGCCAUCUUUUAGAAAGGGUCUUUACGGCCCUAAAUAUCAAGACUCCAAAGUGUGUGUUAUGCAAUCUUGCAACUGGCAUCCAUAUGUCAUAGAAUAGUCAAAAUAAUAAAAAAUGUCAAACAUAGUUAACUAUAAAUAGCUACAUUUAGUUUUUUUCUACUACGUACUCGAGUCUACAAGAUACAAGUGCAAGCUUGUGACGUUUGGCUUGUGGUAUGAUUUGCCUGUUUUCAGACAUCUUAUGCAUGCGGUUUUCUCUGAAGCUGAUCUUGAAUGUCCUGGUGAAUACAACUGCAUGAGUUAUCUUACUAGAGGGAGAUUCAGGACAAUCAUGAAUGUAUUGAUGACGUAGUCUAAAUCAGGGCUCUCCAACCCUGUUCCUGGAGAGCUACUGUCCAGUGGGUCUCUCUCCAACCCUGUUCCUGGAGAGCUACUGUCCAGUGGGUUUCUCUCCAACUCUGUUCCUGGAGAGCUACUGUCCAGUGGGUUUCUCUCCAACCCUGUUCCUGGAGAGCUACUGUCCAGUGGGUUUCUCUCUAACCCUGUUCCUGGAGAGCUACUGCCCAGUGGGUUUCUCUUCAACCCUGUUCCUGGAGAGCUACUGUCCAGUGGGUUUCUCUCCAACCCUGUUCCUGGAGAGCUACUGUCCAGUGGGUUUCUCUCCAACCCUGUUCCUGGAGACCUACUGUCCAGUAGGUUUCUCUCCAACCCUAAUCUAGCACACGUGAUCCUAAUAAUUAGCUGGUUGAUAAGGGGAAUCCAGUUAGUUAUAACAGGUUUGUGUGAACCUACCGGAGGGUAGCUCUUCAGGAGCAGAGUUGGAGAGCCCUGGUCUGAAUUAAUUUGCGUUCUGUUUGGGCUUUUGUCCGGUUUUGUAGUUCAGAUUAAGCACUAUAGGUGUAUUUAGCCAACACAACCAUGCAUUUUUCUCUUAUUUUAUAUUUGUUUCCUUUUAAGUAUUUUAUGUGAUCUAUCGUUGACUGUAGUUAACACAGAAGUUAGCCUCUGGUUAGCACCAACCCAGUGAAACUACAGGAUAGAACAGAAAUAAAAUAAUCUCAUUGGUUUCGCCUUAAAUUGCACCCUACCUAUUCCCUAUAUAGUAAGCCUCUGGUCAAAAGUAGUGCACUAUGUAGGGAAUAUGGUGACAUGAUCUGUGUAGUAAUACUGUACCAGCAAUCAAAUAAUCACGUUGUCUGUGUAGAAAUGCUGUAACAAGACUUUUCAAAACACUGACAAAUAUCUUGUCUUGUGAAAACUAUAGCUUUGGAGCAAAUAUUUAGCGAACACACAAUUCAUAUAUCUGGAUACUAUAGAAACACUGCGAUGUUUGUCUCCUGUUUGAGAGGUCAUUUGUCUGCUAACUCUAUUUAUUUUGUAUAGCUGUGCUCUUGGGUAUGCAUAACUGAGGAACGUUGAAAGAUGGGAGAAAAUGUUCCACUCCUUACUAGAAAAUAAAGGUGCUAUGUGGCAA